ACAGUGGGCGUGGCCGAAUCCGUUUGCGGAAGUUUGUUUAGUUUGGCGAAACCAAAGAAAGGAGUUUACUCAAAGAUUCCUAACAACAUACGUGUUUUCAGGCUCUCAAAUAGAUGGAUCUCAGCUCGGAUAAAAUUAAACGAAUUUUGUCAAAGUACAAAUUCAACGAAGUUGCCAUUGAAGAAUUGCAGAAAAUCCAUCGUAUCUACCCAGAACUGAAGCCCUUCACUGGCACAUACACCUUUAGUGACAGCAGCCAAAGAGAUCUCCUGAAGCUGAUUGGGAAUAUACCUGUGAAAUAUGAAGGGCGAAGCUACAACUUCCCAAUUCAGCUGUGGCUAAUAGAUUCAUUCCCUUUCACUCCUCCCAUCUGCUUCUUGAGACCUACUUCUAAUAUGGUUAUCCGAGAAGGAAAACAUGUGGAUGCCAAAGGACGUAUUCAUCUGCCUGGACUGCACAACUGGGAUUAUCCCAAAUCAUCAGUAGUCGGUCUCUUAAAUGAAAUGAUUGCAAAGUUUGAAGAGGAUCCUCCACUGUCCACGAGAAGCACGACUCAGAACAAAGAUCCAUAUGAACUUUUGGCCAUGGUCUCAAAUUUCCAAGUCAAUGACGGUAGUGUCAGACAUCAGGACCAACAGAAUAUUAAAGUUUCAGUUAUUGGAGGUGGAGAUUUGGGGAUGGCGUCGGUGCUGAGUAUUGUAGCAAAGUGUAAAGUAAGUAAACUGGUCUUCAUCGAUGUUACGGAAAGUUCAACAAAGGGGGGCACUACAGAUCUUGAAAUCUUCAACGUCCCGAAGGUGGAGGUGUCCAGAGACUUGUCAUCUUCUGCCGGCUCCAGAGUGGUGGUGGUGACUGCGAAUGCCUGGAGCAGCGAACAGUCGUACGUGAAGGUGGUACAGACAAAUGUGGAUAUGUACAGAGGAAUCAUACCAAACCUGGCACGUCUGAGCCCCAGUGCUGUUGUUGUCGUUGCCUCUCAGCCAGUGGAUGUAAUGACUCAUGUUGCUUGGAGACAAAGUGGCUUUCCACCAACAAGAGUGAUCGGCGCCGGGUGCAACUUGGACUCAGAGAGACUCAGCCGGGUUUUAGAUAUAAACCUCAACACUCACAAACAAGCAUGGGUCAUCGGAGAGCUCUCAGACAACAAAGUUCCUGUUUUGAGUAACACCAGCCUGAACUCCAGCACGAGGCCAGAAAUUGCACCUGCUUCUAGUGCGACCAAGCCUUUGUUAGACAGAGGCUUUGAAAUGAUAAAUAAAGGUCAACGCUCAUGGUCUGUGGGGCUGUCCAUCGCUGACAUCACAAACAGCAUUUUGACUGAUCAGAUGAAGGCUCACUCCGUGUCCACACUAGCCCAGGGAUGGGGCGGCAUCGCUUCGGAGGUUUUCCUGAGUUUGCCGUGUGUUUUGGGGGCAAACGGCUCAACACGUCUCGCGGGAAUCUCACUAGGAGAAGAGGACGACUCCAAACUGAAAGGCAGUGUUUCUUCUCUUACAAACCUCAUGGGUCAAAUUCAAAUAUGAUCCGAAAAAAAAAGUAGUUCUCUGUCUUAUUGCACUGUGGCAACACGGGAAAUGGACAGUGGUUGGUUUACGAACUGAACUAAAUCUAAAGGUUUUGUUUGUGGCUUUGCACUUAUGAGUUUACAUCUGAUUUCUCAAAAUGACCUUUGACCUCAGAAUAUGUUAUUGUAAUGCAGCAUAAAUAUUGAAAAGCUUUAUUCUUACGUGUGUGUCAUAUCCUAAAGCAAUAAUACUAACAUAGUUUCUUAUUAUUCAGGAUUUCGGGCUGUGGUUGUGGCUUUGAUAUUAUUUAUUAUUAACAAUGUUCUUAAUGGAACUAGCUUCUCUAUACUGUUUGUAUAGGUUAAAUAUGCAAGAUAAAUGCCUUAAUUAAUCCAAAUAUGCCAUGGAAAGAAAUGGGGUGGUGCAAUGAAAGAAUAAAAACAGCAGAGUUUGAAGUUUGAACUCUUUAUAAACCUCACAUACAGGAGGUGGUUGUUGCAAAUAUAUAUAUAUCAGAUCACAAAUUCACAACAGAAUAUUCAGAAUCGAAUGUAUAAAUUGAACCAAUGAACCUCGGACGCAAUAAAAAUGCAUCUGUA